GCGGCCAACAAGAAAAUUAUUCGAAAUGAUAACAACUCCUCAGUGAUUUAGCUUUAUCAAUUUAUUCAAGGUUAGAUUAUUUGUAUUUUAAUCAGUCAGUUGGCUUGGCGUCUUUGCCUGUGGUAGCCACACAGUUUGUAGUCUUAUUUAUUUAAAAUAGAAAACUAGAGAUUAUGGCCUCUGCAAUGUUAAAGUUGAUAAAAUCAGAAUCUCGUUUGCUGCUGCAAAAGAACUACAGUAGUUCAGCACCUGCCACAAAACUUUACAUUGACGGCCAGUACAUAGAUUCCAAGACAAGCAACUGGAUCGAACUCACAAACCCAGCCACUAAUGAAGUCAUUGGAAGGGUACCAGAAGCAACCCCACAAGAACUGAACUCUGCGUUGGAAGCGGCAAAGAAGGCGUACAAAUCAUGGAGUCAAAGUACAGUACUGACUCGCCAACAGUUGAUGUUCAAAUUCGCACGCUUAUUGCGAGAGAACCAAUCAAAAUUGGCGGCGAAGAUCACAGAGGAGCAAGGCAAGACGUUAGCUGAUGCAGAGGGCGAUGUCCUGAGAGGCAUACAAUCAGUGGAGCACUGCUGCAGCAUCACGAGCCUUCAGUUGGGAGACAGCAUACAGAACAUCGCCAAGGACAUGGACACACAUUGCUACAAGGUACCACUGGGAGUCGUCGGUGGAGUGGCAGCGUUCAACUUCCCCGUGAUGAUUCCCCUGUGGAUGUUCCCUCCGGCGAUAGUGACGGGCAACACUUGCAUCAUCAAACCCUCGGAGCAGGACCCCGGCGCCACGCUCAUGAUGAUGGACCUGCUCCAGGAGGCUGGCGCGCCCAAUGGGAUUGUCAAUGUGGUCCACGGCACCCAUGACGUGGUGAACUUUAUCUGCGACCAGCCCGAUAUCAAAGCAGUGUCGUUUGUGGGCGGAGACGCCGCGGGGAAACAUAUUUACCAAAGGGCCAGUGCUAACGGCAAGCGCGUGCAAAGCAACAUGGGCGCCAAGAACCACGGCGUCAUAAUGCCGGACGCCAACAAGGAGCACACGCUCAACCAGCUGGCGGGCGCCGCAUUCGGCGCCGCGGGGCAGCGCUGCAUGGCGCUCAGCACUGCGCUGUUUGUAGGCGAAGCAAAAGAAUGGAUCCCGGAUUUGGUGGAACGUGCGCGUGCGCUGAGAGUGAACGCGGGUCACGUGCCCGGCGCCGACGUGGGGCCCGUCAUCUCCGCGCGGGCCAAGGACAGGAUCCUCAGGCUUGUCGAGUCUGGAGUGAAGGAAGGCGCCAAACUCGCGCUUGACGGGCGCAGCGUCAAAGUGCCUGGCUAUGAGAAGGGCAACUUCGUAGCGCCAACUAUCAUAACUCACGUCCAACCCAACAUGGAAUGCUACAAGGAAGAAAUCUUCGGACCCGUUCUCGUCUGCCUAUUCGUCGACACAUUAGACGAAGCCAUUCAAAUUAUCAAUUCAAACCCCUACGGAAACGGAACGGCCGUAUUCACAACGAACGGAGCGACCGCUCGCAAAUUCGCAAACGAAAUCGACGUCGGACAAGUCGGUGUGAAUGUCCCCAUCCCGGUUCCUUUAUCAAUGUUUUCCUUCUCCGGAACCAGGGGCAGCUUCCUAGGAACUAACCACUUCUGCGGGAAACAAGGACUAGAUUUCUACACUGAAUUGAAGACAGUUGUGUCCUUCUGGAGGCAAAGUGACGUGUCACAUACCAAGGCUGCAGUUUCCAUGCCAACUCAACAAUAAUUCCCUAGUUAUAAGCUUUAAAUGAAUAUUUAUUCUAUUGUUUAAGAUAUAUCGAUACCAUUUAUUUUUUUACGAAUUUAUUUUGCAUGUCUUCCAGAUAACGCCUUUUGUAAUAAGUAUAUGAAAAUUAUGAAUAGAAUGUUCUCAGGUUCUGUGAACCGUCACUCGUUUAUUGAGCACAGUAUAAAAAUGUUAGUAAAUAUUUUAUUUAUAAA